GGGGCGUCUGCGAGCCUGUCCAUCGUCCUCGUCGUUGUUCACUGACUGUCAUCGUCUCUGGUCUUUUCUCCUCUUUCUUCUCCUUUUCUCCUCUCUCUCGUCUCCUCUCUCGUCUCCCUCUCUCCUCAUUCAGUCUCUAUCCUCUCUGUCUCAUAUUUGCCUUGUCUAAACUUCUCAGUGUCAAUUUUCGUAUUGCCUAACGAUUUCAUUAUCUUCCUGUCGCCAUGAAUCCAAUGAGUCCCAUGGGAGCGGCUGAGGCCCCAAGGCGGGCUCAUCUCUACGUCGGCAAUUUGAGUCCCAGGGUUACCGAGUACAUGCUUACAGAGAUCUUUGCCGUGGCCGGACCCGUACAACAUGUUAAAAUCAUCCCCGAUCGCAACUACCAACACGGCGGUCUCAACUAUGGCUUCGUUGAAUACAUGGAUAUGCGAGCCGCUGAAACCGCCUUGCAGACCCUCAACGGACGCAAGAUCUUCGAUACCGAGAUCCGUGUCAAUUGGGCGUACCAGGGUCAACAAAAUAAGGAGGACACUAGUGGUCACUACCACGUCUUUGUCGGUGAUCUCAGCCCCGAGGUCAAUGACGAGGUUCUAGGAAAAGCCUUCAGCGCAUUCGGUACCCUUUCCGACGCCCGUGUUAUGUGGGAUAUGAACUCGGGCAAGUCCCGCGGUUAUGGUUUCCUCGCCUUCAGGGACAAGACCGACGCCGAGCAAGCCAUCGCCACUAUGAACGGUGAAUGGCUUGGUUCUCGUGCGAUCCGUGUCAACUGGGCAAACCAGAAAACACAGGGUGCGCCUGCCCCUGGGGUCCGUCCCAGUGGAGGCAUGGGCGGUGCUCCAGCUCCCAUUAACUUCCAGGGAGGGCCGCUCUCGUAUGAGUCUGUCGUCCAACAGACGCCUGCUUACAACACCACCGUUUACGUUGGCAAUCUUGUGCCAUACUGUACUCAAGCCGAUCUCAUCCCCCUCUUCCAAUCCAUCGGCUACUUAUCCGAGAUUCGCAUGCAAGCCGACCGCGGCUUCGCUUUCGUAAAGUUGGACACACACGAGCACGCCGCGAUGGCCAUUGUGCAGCUUCAGGGUCAGAUGGUCCACGGUAGACCCAUCAAGUGCAGUUGGGGGAAAGACAGAGCUGACGGAGGUGCUGGACUGUCUUCUGGUUCACUGAGCCCUACCCCUGCUGCCGCAGCUUACAACAUGCCUAUGUAUGGCAUGCCCCAACCCAACACGUAUGGCCAGUAUGGAUUCGCAGCACCUGGACUUGGUAGCCCCGCAGCUCCUACCGCUACUGCUGCCAUGGGUAUAGGAGCAGGUGUGCAAACUGGAGCUGCAGACCCCAACGCGGCCGCUGGGCAGGCCGCGCAAGGGCAGUGGCCCAGCGACUACUACUCUAAUUAUUGGGGCGGGUACUAUGGACAACAAGCCGCUGGUCAACAGGGCGCGGCAGAUGGUCAGCAUCAAGGCGCUGCUUAACUUCGUGCUCGUUUUCUUGUCAAUCUUUGGCCGUUGUAUCCAUUGUCAGUUUGUGUUUCGUUUAAGUGUGCUAGUAUGAAUCGAUGUUAUGUCUUUUAGCUGACCUCAGGUGAUUCUAUAGGAGCAUUCGCUCCCGUGUGUCGUUACUGAUAGGUGCUGUGCUUGAACGAUCGGAUAAUAAUAACGACAGUGUUGCUUACAUUUGCAAUGCAGUCCAAGUACUAGCAGUCGGACUGGCGACGAAAAUUUCUGAACGAAUGACUAGCGGGUGUAGAUUGUGACAAACAGUACGACAUGCAAGCUGUCAACCAACUACAACGCGUCUCCACCUGUCGCGUCACCGGUGGUCGAGAAACCACCUCCUCCUCCAUUGAUGCCCGGAGUAUUAUUGAUAUUCUCACCGUCUUCUGCAACGUUCGUGACAUGACCACCCUGGGCAUCUCCAGCGGAACCGGUGAACGCGUUGCCUCCUCCGUUAAGACGCUGGAUUGAAGGUGCUAGUGAUAUAAUCCGAGGAGUAAGUCACAAAUAAGUGUUAUAGGAAGGUAGACUUACGAGGAGGCGCGGGGCCAUUUGGGGCACCAGGCGGAGGAGGGGCACCAGCAGGACCCGGAGGACCAACGGGAGCGCCACCGUUACCGCCAAAAGGGGGACCGUUUCCACCACCAUUUCCACCGCCGUUUCCACCACCAUUUCCACCACCGUUUCCGCCACCGUUGUUGAAAGGGUUAACGUCACCCUGGUCUAUAUUACCGCCAUUGGCGGUACCUACCGAACCAGAGUAUGCAUUACCUCCUCCGCCGUUCAGGCCACCACGGCCACCUUCUGCAUCUCCAGACGUGGCCUGACCGCCAGUUCCUGCAGCUCCACCAGCGUUGUCGAUAUCUCGCUUUCUAGGUACGAAAUCUCCGGCGUCACCCCCAGUCGCGGUACCGCUAGUGGUGAACCCACCAUUCCCAACAGUGUCUGGAGCAGUGUGUAUGAGAUGCUGCAGAUGAUUACCGACGUGUGCUCCGACUUACUGCUGCCCGCCCCAUUGGCGAUGUUACUGGUCCCAUAGUUGGCAAUGUCACCACCAUUUGCAUUUCCUGCCGGCCCAGUGUAUGCAUUACCGCCCGAGCCACGACCACCACCGUUACCACCGUCGGCAUCUCCUGUGAAAGUAGCUCCACCAGAACCGGAGGUAUCUUG